GGCCAUAGGCGCCAGGGUUACUCAGCACGGUUGUUUGUCAUCGCGGGUCUCCCAAGGCAGUCAAAAGGCGAGCUCCAACGAGCGAGGCCAAAUCCCCCCCUCCAACCCUCAAACUACCCUCAACAGUGAGUGUCGACGUCUCCGUACACCUUGUUACUCGAAUCCUGGCCUUUUCCGCUCCGUGCUACGCUGUUUUCUUGAUGGAUGCGCUCUGGGGGUUCCGGAUGACGCUGACUGCUGGUCUCUCCCAGAUUAGAAGAAAUGGGUCGCCGUCCCGCUCGUUGCUACCGCUACUGCAAGAACAAACCUUACCCCAAGUCCCGAUACAACCGUGGUGUACCCGAUCCGAAGAUCCGUAUCUUCGAUUUGGGCCGCAAGCGCGCCUCCGUUGACGAGUUCCCUUACUGCUGCCACCUCGUCUCCGAUGAGUACGAACAACUUUCCAGUGAAGCUCUGGAAGCAGCUCGUAUCUGUGCGAACAAAUAUGUCACCAAGACCUCCGGCAAGGACUCUUUCCACUUGAGGGUCCGUGUUCACCCUUUCCACGUCAUCCGUAUCAACAAGAUGUUGUCUUGCGCGGGAGCUGAUCGUCUCCAAACUGGUAUGCGCGGCGCCUGGGGCAAGCCUUAUGGUACUGUUGCCCGUGUCAACAUUGGCCAGAUUAUCCUCUCUAUCCGUUGCAAGGACCAGAACGCUCCUGUUGUUCAGGAGGCUCUGCGUCGCGCUCGUUACAAGUUCCCUGGUCGCCAGAAGAUCAUCGUCUCUCGCAAGUGGGGCUUCACCAACGUCAACCGUGAGGACUACACCAAGCUCAAGGAGGAGAAGCGGGUGUUGCAGUACGCUUUGUUUCACUGCUUAAUUCUGAAUCGCCCUCUCACAUGCAUUUACAGGGAUGGUGCCUAUGUACAGUAUAUCCGCCCAAGGGGCAACCUCGAGAGCAACUUGCGUGCUCAGCUCCGCGCUUGAUUGUACUUCGCCAUGUAUUUUCUUACAGCCAACUUAGGUUGGUUUCCACAUGAUAUGACUGAUGUCAUAAUAUCUGCGUGAUCUCGUUUCGUGCUUUCUCCGGUUCGCUUGCCCCUUAUUCACUACGUCACACCGAACUCCGUGGGUGAUGGUUAGGGGAAAUGGGGCAUAUAUCAUUCUCUCAUUGGUCUUGCGCUUUUCAUUCCAAUCCCUCCGAUAGUUUUUCCACAUUCGCUCGAGUGUGAGAUAUUGUUUCGGUAGGCAGAUAGUGAGGACAUCUUUAGUUUUGCUUCAAAAUAUAUCACUGUUUGCGUCCU